CCGCCGCACUCGUACACGCUGGAAAACGCGCCGUUCUUCACGCGCCUGAGUAAAGGAAAAAAAUAGAAACGCGAGUUCACCGCGUCCAGUAGAGUCCGGCGGAAGAUCGCGGAGAUCUCGACGAACGCACGGUGGUGCGACGCCGGCGUUCUUUCGCGUCGGUGGUGGACGGAAAGCCUGUUGCGAGUCGCUUCCGUCGAUCCGUCCACUUUCUCGGCCUCCCCGCGCUCCCUUUCUCCCUGACGUAUUCCCGUAUCAGGUAUUAGAAGGAUUCCGUCUAGGCGCCUUUCCCUUUUUUUUUGCCCCGAUGUUUCUCCUUCGCCGAUGAAUCGAUCCGCGGACAUGUCGCGGUGAUCGCGUCGACUGUUGUUGUUUAUUACGGUCAACGAGGAGUCCGAUCGAGGGACGCGGAGCGAGAACGAAAGAGAUAGAGAGAAAGAGAGAGGAAGAUCGCGAGGAAACUAGAGAGCGAGAGGAGAAACUUCUCUCGCGUGCGUUCUCGUUCCGUCCUCUUUGAUCGAGCACGCAUCCCUUCUGCCGGUCGACGAAGAGAUACGAGGGAGAAUAGUGGGUACCGCGUGACGACGAGGUGAGAAUAAUAUGCGCUCGCGAAUUGCGCGCGAGGGUGCGCGAGCCGGAAGGGGACCGAGCUUGCCACAGCAGUGACCUGCGAGCUUGCAAGCGGUACGUACGUUCGCGAGCUUAACGUACGUUCCAUGUGUCGUGAAAGAGCCCGUGUCAACGGCGACGAUCUCGCGGUUGCAGUUUUUCGGACGAACGACGGCUUCUCGUGAGAUAAUCGGUUAGUUCCUGCCAGACUGGAUCUUCUGGAUAGCCUUAUCUCCUGGCCGUCGUCUCUCCAAUCGUCGCGUCCUACGCGUCUUCGCAGGGCGCGCGAAAGAGCACGAGUUCGAAGAGGACUUGGAGUUUGAAGACGAUCGCCUGCCAUUGAGUGAACGUUAUUAUUCUUUUUUCGGGACGUGCGAGGGGAUACAUCGUACGUUGGGAGAUUCGUAACAUCCGCAGAUAUCGUGGAAUUUACGUAGACGCUGAACCGAUAUCAAAAUGGGUUGUUUCGGGAGCAAAGACAAGUUGAGCAAAGAAGAUAUGGACUUCCUUAAGUCGCAUACGCGAUACGACGAAGCGACCAUAAAGGAAUGGUACAAAGGUUUUAAACAAGACUGUCCUAACGGCAGGUUAACGCCGGCGAAAUUUGUCGACAUGUAUAAAAUGUUCUUCCCGUCCGGCAACGCGGAAGAAUUCUGCGACCACGUGUUCCGCACAUUUGACAUGGACAAGAACGGCUACAUCGAUUUUAAGGAAUUCCUACUGGCGAUCGACGUAACGUCCAGCGGCACGCCGGAAGAAAAACUGAAAUGGGCGUUCCGUAUGUACGACGUUGACGGCAACGGCGUUAUCGAUAUGCAGGAAAUGACGAAGAUCGUCCAGGCGAUAUACGACAUGCUCGGCGCGUGUUCGAGCAAUAGGCCGGCGGACAGCGCGGAGGAGAGAGCGAAGAACAUAUUCGCGAAGAUGGACGAGAACAACGACGGGCAGCUGACGCAGGACGAAUUCCUGAAGGGCUGCCUCCAGGACGAGGAGCUGUCGAAGAUGCUCGCUCCUUAAUCCCGACGUCGCCGCACCUCCGAAC